ACAUAUCACAUGACCAAGUUUGCAAGUUCAGACUGAGGAGUUGGGUAGCUGCUUUGCUGCAUCAUGUCAAUCAUGAGUAGCUAAGACAAGUAGCACAGUACUUAGACUUAGAUCUACUGCUGCACGAUUAAGAAAGCUUAGUGCACUGCUGAGAUGAAAGCGGAAGAGGAGCGUUUGAAACCCUAACUUGAUGACAGAUUCUUUGUCCACUUUUAACAUCCGAAUGUGUUUAUUUAUUAUAAAAGCAACUUUCAGUUUCAAUUAGAGAAGGUCUAGAGGCUUGAAGAUGACAGGUUGUGUUGGGCUUUUGACACUGCUUUGCUUAUUACUUGUGUCAGAGUCUGAUUCAAGACGUUUCGAUUUUGAGGCAGGAGCCUCGAUCUCUUUCGAUAACAGGCCUGGACUUGGACGUCUGUUUGAUGGAAUUGGAGGAUUAAGUGGUGGAGGGGCAACAUCCAAACUGCUUGUCAACUACCCAGCUAAGGAGCGCGACCAGAUCUUAGACUACCUCUUUAAGCCAAAUUUUGGAGCUUCCCUGCAGAUUCUUAAAGUGGAAAUAGGAGGAGAUGCCGAAAGCACUGAUGGCACCGAAGCCUCUCAUAUGCAUAACAGCUGGGAUGAAAAUUACCAACGAGGUUAUGAGUGGUGGCUGAUGAAAGAAGCUAAAAAAAGAAAUCCAGAUAUAAAACUGUAUGCGUUACCGUGGGGUUUUCCUGGCUGGAUUGGACAAGGCCAUAGAUCUCCUUGGACCAAUGUCAAUGUCACUGCAGAUUACAUCGUCAGAUGGAUCAAUGGAGCUAAAGUUCACCAUGACCUGAAUAUUGACUUUGUUGGGAUUUGGAAUGAACGCAUGUACUCUGUGGACUAUAUAAAGAGAUUGCGAUCUAUGUUAGACGAACGUGGAUAUCAGAAGACACUCAUCAUUGCUGCUGAUGUUAAGUGGGAAAUUGCAAAGGACAUUGAGUCGGAUGUCGCCUUGAGGAAAGCUGUACAUGCUAUAGGAUGUCACUAUCCCGGAACGAAGUCCAGUGCCACUGCUGUGUCCUCAGGGAAGCAGCUGUGGUCCUCCGAGGACUAUAGCACCUUUAAUGAUGAAGUUGGUGGUGGCUGCUGGGCAAGGAUCCUAAAUCAAAAUUACGUGAAUGGGCACAUGACAGCUACCAUAUCCUGGAAUCUGAUAGCAAGCUACUACAAGGGUCUGCCAUACUAUAGGGAUGGUUUGAUGACUGCUGUGGAGCCCUGGUCUGGACACUACGAGGUGGAAACGCCAAUCUGGAUUUCAGCCCACACCACCCAGUUUUCCAGCAUUGGUUGGAAGUAUCUGAGCCACGGACAUGGUGUUGGUCACUUGCCAAAAGGCGGGUCCUAUGUCAGCCUGACUGAUCCAGCGGUGAAGCAGCUCACUAUCGUUAUAGAGACCAUGACUCAUGAUCAUUCAAAGUGUAUCCGUCCUGCCCUGCCCAAAUACAGUGUGGCUCCUCAGAAUGUGACUAUAGUCUUAGCGGGAAAUUUUAACAACAUCUCACAAAUGAAUGUAUGGUACAGCAAGCUGAAAUUUGACGGUUCAAAAAGCAUCAUGUUUCAGAAGCAGAAUCCGCUUAAAGGAAAAGCUCAAGUAAGUCUUGGCCUGGAUGAAGUCAUCACCUUGACAACCCUGAGCGCCGGUCAGAAGGGCCAGUACUCUGAUCCACCAAAACCUAUGCCAUUCCCUCUGCCAUACAAGGAUAAUUUUGAAAGUUACUCAUUGUACAAAGAGCCUGCCAAUCUUGCCCCUCAAACUGGGACUUACGAAACCUUGAUCUCUAAUGGCAACCGCUUUGCUAGGCAAAUGCAACUUGUUGAGCCUGUCCGCUGGUGCAAAGCAGAUGGAAUCGAUAAGUCUAUCAGCGUCAUUGGCAAUCAGAGCUGGAAAGACAUUUAUGUGGAAAUAGACUUCCAGCUGUCCACUGUCAAUGGCUCGAAGGGUGCAUUUGUGGCAGCUCGUGUGGAUCAGGGAGGAUGCGUGGCGUUCCUCGCUCAUGGCAUUUUCUUCUUUGCCUUUCCUGAUAAAUUUAUCUUGGCCAAUGACCUAGCAAGAGUAACUGUACUUAAAGAGGGCCCAUUGUCGUUCAAGCUGGGAGAGUGGCAUAAACUCUCUUUACUCAUUCAGAAUGGAACCAUCACAGGAGCUUUUGAUGGCAAGACUGUCUGUACUGUUGGGAUGCCCAGACGCCCCGCUAAUGGUUUUGCCGCUAUAGGAACUGAUACUUUCGGGCUGGCCGAUUUCGACAAUUUGUAUUUAGCCUCUGCAGCUGAGGGCCAGAAGAGGAUGUCAUAUUUCUUUAGAGAUUCUGUCUCCAUUUCCCAUAACUGAACACCUGCAGAGAUAAGGACCUAUGUUGCUACAUUAUAGUCAUGGUAUAAGCACAUUGUAAUAAUAUUGUCUUUUUUGCCUUUGAAAAUACUCACCGCACCAUGCUAAAUUUAAUAUCAAGAUAUGGAAACCACUGUUUAGGUCAUUUAGAAUUAAGAGGCAAGCUUCCAUCAAAGCCUGUUUAAGUCAAGUCUGUCAUACUUUAAAUUUAAUUAAUGUAGUUUAUGUUUCACGGAUUGGUUCCAGCAUAUACCUGAUUGUAAAUCAAUGCUCUGCCAAAUUUUAUGCUUGUUUAUUUUACUGAUACAUGUAAAUUAAAUAUAUUUCAUUCAGUUUAAAAGUUUACCAUAAUUUUUGUGUUUAAGCUGGACUGUAAGAAAAAACAUUUUGAAGAUAUUUUAAGAACUUAAGAUUUUUGGAAAUAUUUCAUCCUUCAAGUACAAUAGAGUUUUUGUGAAUCUAUCUGAAAAGUGUACUUUUCAACAUUACCAACAACAGUUUGUUCGGAGGACUAAACAUACUCUUUCAAGUCAGCAAAGUCUUAUCGCACAAAAAUGGUAGGUUUAUUCCAUUCCUUAUUUUGAACUGUUGGUUCUCUUCUCUUUAUAGGGACAUUUGAUGCUUGUACCUUGGGUUUUCAAUAUAAUCGCGUUUCUGUCUUUUUAUAGUAUAUAAUAUAUCAGUUUCAUAUCAAUCAUCUUUUAUGAUUUUUCCAUAGACUCAGAUCUGCUCUCGGUUUUUGUUUUAAUGCUGAUGGGACUUAUAUUACAUUCAUGGUCACACUUUCAAUACACUAACUACAAAAACAAGACAUUCGUCAACUGUGCCAUAAACUUUUACUAUCAAUGAUCAACCCCUUCACUGCUGACCUAUAUUCCUCACCCUAUGAUGACCUUGUUUCCUGGAAUAGCACUCAAAUGGGUGAUCCUUUAAAAGUGCUAUCUACUCUGUGGUAAUGCAUUGAAUGCAUAACAAUGUCUAUAUCAAUUUAAAGGAAAAUGAAUGAAUCGCUAUCAUCAUCAGCAAAAAUUUCUUUGAUAGCUUGAUACUUUAAGAGCAUACAUCGUGAGUGAUCAGCCAUAGCUCGGAGCUUGAGUGAGACGCUAGAGCUGUGAAAAGAGAGAGACUGUUCAGUGACGCUAUAAUUCACACUAUUUCGGUCAUUGUUGGUCUAUCUAAGGCAAACUAAAGCUUCUCUAAGUUAUCUCGGGAAGAAAAGAGCUUUCAGGGGAGCCCACUCUCGAUACUAAAUUGCAGUUACCGGCUGAGUAGAAAACGAAACAAAAUAGCGAUAUUGCCGGGCAUACACUGUACGUCUACAGCGCUUAGGAGGGCCCAAUUUAUGGACGUACACCGCACGCCGAGCAGCAGUGAAGCGGUUAAGAAUAAGUUCUUUUAUUGAGACCACAAAUAUGUUAAACUCAGGGUACUGCAUCACAGCAGGAUAUCCAAUUAACUGGACAGAAUCUCUGAUAAGAGAGCGAGUGCACGUGCAAGUCAUAGUGAAUCUAUUGAAUGGUUUGAAUGAUCUGAAUGCCAAUCAAUGAUGCCUUUCUGUAACACCUUUCUUCAGUUUCAGUGUCAGCCUGCAUGUAUUGUAGUGCUAAGUUUGUUGAUAUCUGUGAUGAGUCAUCUUUCAAUCUAGUGUACUUGUACGGUUGAACCUGCCUUAGUAGUCACCUCUUCGUAGCAAUCACCUGAGCUAUAGGCCAUGGCUCCAUGACACUUUUGUGUUUUCCUUAUUUUUAACCUGUCCAUAGUAGUCCCUGUCCAAAGUGGACAUAGUUAGUAGUUUUCGUGUCAAGUCGGCCUUAAGACUGCUCAAAGCGGUCACUUACUACUAAAGUUUUCUGGCAACCAGACCUCAGACUGAAUGUUUACAUUCAAUCAGUGCAAAGAAACUCUUUCAAUAGAUGACAUUUUUGUCGAGAAAUGAAAAGGAAAGAUUUAAUUAUAUCAAAAUUUCAUAUUUUAAACCAUCUGUUGACAUUGUCAAGCCAAGAAAGUGACCAUUACACAGACCCUGUCCCUAGGAGCCACAAAAUUGUAAUGGUCACUUUUUUCUGUGAUCUUGAGUAAUCUUUUUACGGACAGGUUCGACUGUACUCUAUCUUGUGUGCCUUGAACCCAUGCCUCUGUUUUAUUCAAACUAUCAGCCAGAGCUGACAUGCUUCAUUUCUCUUCGAUAAACAUGGUGUGAUAAGAAUGCAAAGUGGUGUUUAUAAUUAAGAUAGGAGGUGAAUGGUGGAAGGAAAGUGAAAGAGUGCAAAUUAUGCAAGUUGUGCAAGUUAAGUGCAUGCUAGAAUUUUAAAGAUGGGUAUUCAUAUUAUCUUGACUGUUUGGUUUCUUUCUUUUUAAAUACCUUUGUAAAUACCUUGGAUAUAUUUCAAGAAAUUUAAGUAAUUCCAGUGUUUCAUCCAUUUCCACAACUGUUUGUAAAAAAUUAAUGUGCUCUCACAUUUUCAAUUUUUCAUCUCAAGAUAGACUGUUAUUGUCAUUUAUGAGUUCCUACUUGUACUUGCUCAUAACAGUGAUUUGAUUUCACAUUCCACUUCGGUAUAGUUAUAAGUAAAAGGACACCAUGUAUGUCAUUGGACUGUGACCGGUGAAGUCAUUAGGGUUGGUGUUAAUUGUUGCCAAACUACUUUCUUCUUCAGAACAAAAGUAUGGCCUUAAAGGCAUAUUUCCCUUUACUUACUGACUGAUAACAAGCAGUAUGUAUCUUAAAAAUGAAUUGUAAAACGGAUGGAAAGCAUAUAUUCAGUUUUGGACAGAACUUAUUUCAAAUAGGUCUAGAAUUUCCAAGAAACCACAGAAGUGUGAGGACACAUGAUUUUAUAAAGUAUGACAAUGGAUCAAGUAUACACACAGAGGUUGAUGAAAUCUUAGAAAUCCUUGUUGUUCAUUUAUUGUGGGUUUUUAAUAUUGUGUCUAUUGGGAAACUCUUGCCUUAAUAAAAACUUACUUUGAAUUUUGAAAA